AUGGAUUUGAAUGAAGCAGAGGAAAUUAUUUCUAGAGCAGAAAACCUGUACAAGCAACCAUAUUUCUGGAACCUUCUGCAUUCACUCCCUCGCCUUGCAUCAAACAGCUUUUAUACAGAAGAUGAUCUAGCUGCUGUAGCACAGUUUCUAAAAGUUAUUCAAAAUACCUUGAUAUCACUGAAGGAUUUAGCUAUGAUGCCAUUGGGCCAAAGUUUCUAUGAAGUGGUGACAACAGCACUGAAUUUAACUGCUGCAUCCGUACAGGAUCCAAGCUUAGAAGGUUUUCAGUAUAAUCUGUCUCUUGGGGAUGUUUUGUGGAAUCCACGUGCUGUGAAAGCAGAACUUAAAUCCAGGUUUGGUUAUGACGAUCUUCAUGUUGAGAAGUUGCUAAGUUAUACAGCACAAUUAACAAAGAUUCCCAUGGGAGAGACACUGGAGCAGUUUGUGUGCUCUGCUCUGUCCAGUGUGCGAGAAGAUGAAGCAAACAAAGAGAAAAGUGAAGAGGGCUGUAUUUCUGCAUGGCAUGAGGACAAACUGUAUCUUGUUCAUGCUGUCAGCAAGCUCAGACUCUAUGCACAGGACUAUUAUUUUGUGCAGGAGAUCUUGGCAAAGCCUAUUAUGGAGAACAGAAUUAUAAUAAUCCUGAACUUGGGGAGAAUGCAGUCUGUGCUUCAGGAUGCACCUCAGUGGCCUGUUAUGAAGAGGUUGCUUCUGGUAGAUGGAGCUAUAAGGAACGUAAUAGCACAGUAUUUACACUUCACUGAAGAAGCUUUACGUAGCCUGGAAAAACUGAUUCCCUUUGCCCAAAGAAAUGGAUUAAUUCAUCUAGACAUCAGAAAGCUCUUUGUGGAGCUAAACCAGAUGUUGAUCAGCAAUGCUUCCUAUAUAUGCAAUGAUGUGCUUACAAUGCUUGAGAAGACCCUGAGACUUCCACAGGGCUCAGAUGAUAUCGACAUUUUAGCAAUAUACAUGUGCCCUGGCAAUGGCUCAGAGGUGAACUUCAAGCUAAAUAACCAGGUCCAGUCACUAAAGGAAUCUGUCCUGCUUCUGCAGAAGGUAACUCGGGAACGACAGAGCCUGCCAGAUUUAAUAAAGGAUGAUUAUUUGGGAUGGCAAGAAAUAGAAGAGCAGCUAACAAAAAAUUAUGCUUAUUACUGUGAAAUUAAUCAAUUGGUGAGCACAGAAACACCAUCUGAGGAGGAUGUCCCUUUCGGCCCUUGUCAGGAACAGCUGCUCUUGUCACUAAUUAAUAAUACACUUGAAGAAAUUUUGUUUGCUUUUGAGGAAAACCCAUACUGGAAGGAUUUAACAACUUUUGUCAGUUGGACAUGUGAGGUAGCUCAAUACAUGAAGGAGGAAGCAGGCUCCAUGGGACGUCAGUCAGAUGGACUAGAACCAUCUCUCUGUUCUAGACAAAAGCUCAGUUUGGAGACUGUCAUAGGUCAUCGUUUAGCAUUUUUGCAAAACUUACCAGAUUAUUCCUCAUUUAUUUCCUGGGCACGGAUUUUGACAUCGUUCAAAGAGUUUUUGAAAAGAGAAGAAAACUUAAGGAUUUCUCAUGAAAAGGAAAUGGAUCACCUGAUUCAUCUUGUAGAAGUCAUAGAAGAAAUUAUAAUGCUUGAUUUCUCAGCUGCUUCAAACCAGUAUCUAAUCGAAAAUGUCCUGAAUAAUACAAUUAUAUGGAUGAAAAAUUUUGCUGAGGGGAAGGAAUCUGCCACCCAUUUCUCACUUGCAGUUUCUGAACUCCAUAAUGAGCUACAAAAAAAUUUCCAGCCACUUCAGAGAUUCUGGACAAAAGGGAAGACAGAAGUUUUGGGGCAUAUAGUGAAAUUUGUAUUCUAUGAACUUGAUUCUGGGCUCUCUCAUUUGAGUCAAGUGGAAAAGAAGGAAGUACUGGAGACCUUAUCUAGAAUUAUAUUUUCCAUUACAGAAAAUAAUAUCCAUAAUAGAAGUAUGCUAUUGCUUCAAAAUAGCCUGACCGAUUGGCCAGAGUUAAACAUUGCUGCUUUGAACUAUCUAAAACACUUAAGUGAAAACUUCCUAAGGAACAUCUAUGAGGUCAGAUCAUUGACUGAUGAUCAUGUCAAUGUGUCUUUCAGUGCAAUUCACGGAGUGAGUAAUGACUCCUCUUUAUUAUUCUCAAAUGCAACUUUUAUAUAUAAAGUGCAACAAUUAGAAGAAAUUGUGCACGAUUUCUUAAAAAACAGCCAAAAAAUAAACAGUACUAGUGUGGCCUCACUUCUUCCAAUACUUUUCUCUCUUUAUCAAAAUGAUGAUCUGGUCUUCAAUAUUGAGAGCAAUAGCACUAUGUUAACAUUUCUUUAUGAGACUUCAAAACGUAUUUCAUCUUUUCAAGUAUGGCAUGAUUUCCAAGACAGGGAGCGAGUUUUUGAUUUUCUGUCUGAAAUCGUUGAUCUUCUCUGGAACCUCACCAGUAAGUCUUUCUGUGAAAAGUUACUGAUCUUUUACAACUACACAGAGUUUCAGGCCCUGUCUCUUGCACAGAAAGGAAAAAAAGACAUGCAAGUUGUCUAUAGCACUCUGAGCAGCCUUAAAACUUUGUUUAUAGAUGAAGAGCUCCAAACAGCUGCCUUUUGUUCUUUGGAACAUUUUCUUGAUAUUUCCUCAGAAUGUCUGGUAAAUAAUGGGUGCGUUGAUUUUUAUCAAUCAAACAUUACUUCUGUAGAUCAUUCAACAGAGGUUUACAACUUACUUCUGCUGCCAUUGGACAGUGUUCUGUCUAAUAUAACAAACUUGGGAGGUAAGGUAAGUGUGCCUUCUGCUUUGCACUGCACUUUUACAUGGCUUCAAACCUGGACAGAAGUUUUUGAAGAAGCGUCUGAAAUCUUAAAUUUUAAUUCAACCUUUUUUGUCUGUCUAAGAAACAAUUUGGCAAAUCUUUCUGAAAGUCUUUUAAAUGCAGCGCAUGACAAACUGUGCAAUAAAACAGCUACGGUUAUUGUUGAAGCUACAACAGCAGCAAUGAAUCUGUUAAAAAUCAUGUUUGAAGGAGGUGGUGAUUUGUAUGACUGGAAAGAUUUUGAAACUUUCCUUGCUAAUCUUCAAAGUGUAUUUAACAAUGCAGUUGAUGUCACAAGCUUGCUUAAAGGUAACAGUUUAGAAGGUGGCUUAGAAACUAUGGGAGUCAUGAUAAUGGAAUUACAGAAAUCUAUACUGAAGGUUGUUAAUGGAGAGUUUUUGAAUUCUUGGCUUGAUACUUUCAUCUCAGGAGGAUCCAAGGGAGAAGAUAGGGGUGCUACUGUAUUUUCCAUUGGAAAUUCCCUUUCUGCUGUUCUCAAGCUCUCCCAAAAGGAACUUGGAAUUAUUCUCACUGAGAUAAAAGACACAACUGCUUUCUUUAAAAGUGUUCCUCAAGACAAGUAUAUGGUUUGUAUCAGCAUUUUCCAGAAUAUUACCAAACUAAUUUUGGACAAUACUGUGAAAGACAUAAGCCAUUCACAAAGAAAUUUUUCAUCUCAUCUUACUUCCUUUCUAAACUUUUAUAGUACAGUGGAUGAAACAAAGGAUUGUAACAGGUGGAUACAUGAAUUAAGUAAUCUCAGUGAAAAAUACAAGUCACCUUCCCACUUUGAAAGUGCAAAACAUAUUUUAUUCCUACUGAAAUCUCUUGGAAACAUUGAGAGAGAUGCUAAGCUAAAGAAUAUGAUGGACUUCGUUAAUUUCAUUUCUAAUUUGAUACUCCCUGAAUGUUCCUUAACUGGUUCCGAUGUGAUUUGUGUAAAUGCUUAUUUCAAUAUUAUAGCAGAAACUUUAACAUUUAUUCUCCCUGAGUUUUAUGUGAAAGAUUACAUUAGUGUUCUUGAAUUUAUUUUUACAUUUUUAAAUAACACUGGAGGACAAACACAAAUAGUUGUCAAUGAUUUAGUGGGGCACUCACAGUAUACAUCAAAUAAGACUCAUUUUAGUCAGUCAGUCCAUGCAUUUAACAGGACUUUGAGUGUGUUCCUUAAUAUUUUUCACCCUGUUCAGCUUUCAUUAGUAGAACUUUUGGCAGAAAUUCCAACUUUUCUGAAAAAUAAAGAUUUUGAAAUCCUAGAAAACAGCUCCUCUCAUUUGGAUGCUGAGAAUGAACCUUUCUUGCAAGAGAACAAUACAGGUUUGUUGAUGGAGUUCUUUCAAUAUGUGAUUAGUAAUCUUGACUCAAACUUGCAGGGUGAACACAAAACAUUUCUCCAGAAACUGAUAGAAACAGCAGUUCUGAAUAUUGAACUGGUAAGGAAGGCACUUAAAAUUUUCAACUCUUCUAGUUUUACUGGCUUUCCAUCAAGAGACGAUAGAGAGUUUCUAAAGCAUAUGGUAGCCUUGGUGCAAAAUAUGAGGAACAUGGAUGUUGAGUUCUUGAUAAGUCAAUUCAAAGAAGUCCAGAGGAGCCUAGAUAAUUUCUUUGAAAAUAUCAAACCUUUGUAUAUUGAGAACUCUGAGUUAGGAAUGUUAACAGACUGGUGGGAUGCACUUGAGAACAGUACAUGUAGUUGGAACCUGACUGGCUUAUGGCAAAUAACACGACUUUUUGAACAAGAUGAGCUCUGUGAUGUAGAAGAUAUGUUCCAUCUCCUCCUCGAUGCCAUCAGCCUUACAGAAAGAUUAGCUCAUGGAAACAUCACUGAAGCACUAACAGAAGUGUACACUUUCAUACUGACUCAUGAAGCGAAAAUGCCAAUGUUUACUGAAGAGGAGUUGUCUAGUCAAGUAGAAAGUCUUCUGAUAUUACUGGAGACACUGACAGACAUGUCUGAAGAACGUGCAGAUGCCUCAGUUUGUUUUUCAGCAGCAUUCUGUGGGACUUUCCCAACAGCAAUACCUCAGAGUGAUCCCACUUUUAAAUCCUGUGACUUUGUGCGUAGCAAUUCUUCUCUUAGUUACAAUGCAGUCAUUGAAGUCAUUAAGGAGCUGAAACUCAUCACUCUGGACAGUUCCUCAUGCACUAUGGAAGACUUUCAGAUGGAUAUCACUCACAAUCUGACUUGCUUUUUUCAUCAGAUCCAAGAAUGGAACUCUAUUCUUUUGAAGUUUUCUGAGCUCCGUCAUGUAAAUGUCUCGGUUCUCAAAGAGCUGCUGGAUUUUUGGAAUGAGCUAUCCCUCUACGCUGUGCCACUGCGGGUGAAUAACACAGAUUCAAUCAAUUGUUCCUCCACACCAAAGAGACAAGCGGCUUUACAAAUUGUAGAAACACUGAGCAGUGUGCCGGUGGCAGAAAUGGAGAAGGUCAAAGGUGUUCUUGAACAGCUGGAUGGCCUUUCUGGUGGUCUAAGUUGGAACAGACAUUCAAGAACAUCACUUAUAAAGACUGUUCUUACUAAUGUUGAGAAUAUGACUAGUGACGUUUCUGGACUCCUGAAUACAGAAGCUGUCCUUUCUUUUCUUUCUGUAAUUCAGCCUUUAAUGACGCUGUCUUCUGUUGGAAACCAGACGUACUCAAUGCUUAUGAUAUUAUCAGCUUUUGGAAACAGUAAUAUAUCUGGUAACUUUGAGAACUUCUGGUUUCCUAUAGUCACAAGCAUAGAAGAUUUAUUGGUGAAUGUUAAUGUUAGACGCUUACUUGCAGUGAUAGAUCAAGAGUUUCGAUUACUAAGGCUAGCCACUGGACAGUCCUCUUCAAUGGCUCUUGAUGUGUUAACACAGCAGUUUAAUACAUCAUCUGUAGAUGGUAUGUUAAGAAACUUGGAAGACAUACAAGAGAUUGUGAAUAGCUUUCUAUGCGAGUGUAACAAUAAAAAUUAUCCUAAAAUAAUGCGUGCUCUAAUUCUCCUCAUGGCUAAUGAAAAUUUAUCGAAUGACCUACCGCUGGUUGUCAAAGACAUUAUUGACUUUCUGGAACUAUUCCAAAAUAAGUCUAACGAAGAUUACACUGGUAUGUUGUUUGUUGAUGGUCAUUUUAGAGAAAAAAUUGAUAAUACUCAUACUGCUAACUCAGUUUUGCUAAACAGUCUCCUUCGUAUAAUUGCUGAUCUUGCUGGUAUAGAAGAAGCUCUGCAUACAAACAAUACUGAGCUUCAGUUAGUUGACCUCAUUGAUUCAUUUUUUGAUAAUGCACAAUAUGAAGAAGUUUCUAUUCAGUUCCAAAACAGAGCUCUGGAGAUCAUGCAAGAGAUCUUGCAAAUGAUAUUUCAGUCUAUCACAGAACACGACGGGAGCAAAAUAACCCUCUUACUAAAGGAUUUGCAUAAGGAUAUAAUGUCAGAAAUGAGUGCAUCUAAAAUCUGCAAGAUUCUUCAAAAACAUUUAUAUCCUGCUAGUGUCCUACUGUUGCAGAAGUUGCAGUUUACCUUUUUGAACGUUCUUAAAAUCUUUUCAGAAGAACCAGUUGUCAUUGGCAACCUUUUCUGUGUUGUUACAAAGUGUAAAGAUGGAUUAAUGGGUCACUUACUCCUCUCUGUCAUUGAAGGAAUCACUCUGGUUCAAGAUCAUUAUCAGGAUAUGGAAAGAAUGUGGCCUGCUUUCAACAAGGUGGAUUGUGAGAGUAUGCCAUAUAUACACCAAAAGCUUUCUAAUGUUUUGGAGAGCUUCCUGAGAGCCCUGCAGAAUACCAGCAAUGGCAGCUGUGAAUGUCAACUAACGUUGGGGAACGUACAGAGACGGCUGCAAAUGAUGUCUGAAAAUUUGGAGCUACAGUUGUCAGAAGAUCCAGUGGCAGCUUUUCUCAGCAAUUUUAAUCUUUUGAAUGAUGUGAAAGUCAAAGAGUGUGUGCAGAAUGUUACUCAGCUGAGGCUGGACAUUGGUGGUUCUGUCAAUAUUUCUGAAGAAACUAUCAAUACCAUUUUGGAAGCCAGUAUCUCUCAUUCAAAGGUUUUUUACAGUGACUUUGUGGUGGCUUUAACUGGAAGAUGUGAUGAAGUGCUUAGCCUGCUGCUAAAGCUACCUGAAAACAAUAAAACUACCCUGGCAGUGGAAGAACUAUGUUCUUCACCAGCACUGGAUUUGUACACCAUGUUUGUACUGAUUAUACAGAAUUUGAACUUACGUCAUAUCGUUUACAAGAUUAAGACACCAUCUGAGACAGGCCGUGUACUAAACAUGAUACUGGAUGUGGUUUCUAGUAUCAGCUCUCUUCUCAAUAAAGCCCAUCAUGCCAUGGCAAACUUCCCAGUGUUCCUCCAAGGAAUUCAAAAUACCGGUGUGCUUGACAUCUCUGCAUUGGAGCAGUUCUUGCAAGGUGGGCGGUUCAGAAAUUCGGCUGUUGGAUCCCUGGAGUCUGUAAUCAAGGCAGUGUGUAAAGAAGACUCUUCAUUUUUCAGCCAUGUGAACCUGUUCAUGGACAUGCCCAGAAUCAUGGGACCCUUGGAGGACAAUAUGGCAAAAUACAGCAUUCCUGAAGACUCAACUCCAUUUUGCUUGAAGCUUUAUCAGGACAUUUUGCAGUCUUCUAAUGGGGCUUUGCUGUGGACUUUCUUGAAACCUGUAUUACAUGGAAAGAUUCUGUACAACUCAAACAUCAACAUGAUUGACCUGGUGAUGGAGAAGGCUAAUUUCACUUUUGGUUUUGUGGAAAACUUGAAAACAUAUUCUGAGACAUGGCUUAGGAUGUCUGAAGCUUUUAAAACCAGUGGGAAUGUCCUCACGGUCUCACGACUGCAGGAAGCAUUGCAAAGCAAUUUCAUAAAGCACUUUAUAGAAAGUAACUUGGAUAUUGACAUGGAAAAACUCUUUGAAAAAAUGGAAAUAUAUGAAACUAUGAUGAACAAGAUGCUUAACAGCUCAGCAAGUAAACAGAUUGACCUGUUGUCACAGCUUGUGGUAAAUAUCUCGUCCUGUGUGCUACUGGAUCGUUUCCAGCCUUUUGACUCUGUUGAGAAAUUGGAGGAGAAGGCUCAUGAACUCAUGCAGCAAAAUAAUUUUUUGGCUAGUAUCAUCUUUGAUACGCCAAUGAACAAGACACAAGAUUCUAGCACUCUACUUCCACGGCACAUUUCAUAUACCAUUAGAACCAGUGUUCUCUAUAGCAUGAGAACGGAUUUGAUUAAAAACCCAGCUUGGAAAUCCCAUCCCCAGAAGCUGCCAGCUGAUGGGUUUAAAUACAACCACAUCUUUAUUCCUCUUCAAGACAUGAUUGAAAGGGCAAUUAUCUCAGCGCAGACUGGGACAGAUGUUUCAGACCCAGCCAUUCAGGUGCAAGCCAUGCCUUACCCUUGUCAUACCAGUGAUCUAUUCUUGAACAAUAUAGGGUUUUUUUUCCCACUUAUGAUGAUGUUAACAUGGAUGGUUUCAGUUGCUGGCAUGGUUCGCAAGCUGGUUUAUGAAAGAGAAAUUCAUUUUGAAGAGUAUAUGAAGACAAUGGGUGUACACCCAGCCAUUCAUUUCUUUGCUUGGUUUCUGGAGAAUGUCAUUGUGCUCACAAUAAGCAGCUGUGCUCUGGCCAUCAUUUUAAAAGCAAGUGGUAUCUUUGCUUAUAGCAAUGGCUUCCUCAUCUUCCUUUUUCUCCAGGAUUUUGGAGUUACAGUUAUUAUGUUAAGCUAUUUUUUGGGAGCGUUUUUUAGCAGUGCCAAUACAGCAGCUUUGUGUGCCAGCCUUAUGUAUAUGAUCAGUUUUUUACCCUACAUAGUUUUGUUGGUCUUGCAGAACCAGUUGAGUUUCACCAUUCAGAUUAUAAUGUGUCUUCUUUCUACAACUGCCUUUGGACAAGGAAUAUUUUUCAUUACAUUCUUUGAGGGCCAAGAAAUAG